UCGUGCCACAGCGCGUGAUCCUCGCGAUCAUGGGCUUCUUGGCCAUGCUCAACGCAUACACUAUGCGUAUUUGUCUCUCGGUAGCCAUUACCGAGCUGGUGGUGAAGAGGAAUUAUACAGAUGAUAAUAGUGAAGUAGUGGCUGUGUGUAAAGCCGAUGAUUUGGACUCAGGGUCAAGCUCUAGCGGUCAAUAUGAAUGGUCAGAGGAGUUACAGGGUUAUAUUCUCUCGUCUUUUUACAUUGGCUACAUUUUGACGCACAUUCCCGGCGGUCUAUUGGCUGAGAAAUUUGGCGGCAAAUGGACGCUCAGUUUGGGCAUUCUUUCCACAGCCUUCUUCACCGUCAUUACGCCACUUGCUAUUAUUCAUGGUGGCGCUAACUGGCUGAUUAUAGUACGUAUAUUGAUGGGCAUCGGUGAGGGUACUACCUUCCCGGCGUUGAGUGUAUUGCUGGCGCAAUGGGUACCAGUGAAGGAGCGUGGCAAAUUGGGCGCUUUGGUAUUGGGCGGUGGGCAAGUCGGCACAAUUUUGGGUAACUUAUUAUCUGGUUUCCUUUUGGCUGCCUAUGACUGGCCUGUGGUUUUCUACUUCUUCGGUGGUUUGGGCAUUAUAUGGUUCAUAAUAUUUACCUUCCUUUGCUACAGCGAUCCGACGACACAUCCAUUUAUUAAGCCUAGCGAAAAGCAAUAUCUAACCAAACAUAUGGGCACCAUUGGACGUAACAAGAAUCUGCCACCCACACCAUGGAAGGCUAUACUUACUAGCUUGCCAAUGUGGGCGCUGAUAUCGGCACAAAUCGGUCACGAUUGGGGCUUUUACAUUAUGGUUACAGAUUUGCCCAAAUAUAUGGCGGACGUUAUGCAAUUCUCCAUCAAAGCCAAUGGUCUCUACUCUUCACUGCCAUACGCUGUAAUGUGGAUAUUUUCGCUAAGUUCAGGCUGGGUGGGCGAUGUUUUAAUCACACGCAAGAUUAUGAGCAUCACAAAAGUACGCAAAAUGAUGACUGGUUUGGCUGCCUAUGGUCCAGCGAUCUUCAUGGUUGCCGCUUCAUAUGCGGGUUGUGAUCGUGUUGUAGUCGUGACGCUCUUCACCAUUUGCAUGGGUCUUAUGGGUGCUUUCUAUGCAGGCAUGAAGCUAACACCACUCGACAUGAGUCCCAACUAUGCGGGCACAUUGAUGGCAAUAACUAAUGGCAUCGGCGCGAUUACAGGCGUAGUUUCGCCAUCGUUAGUCGGUUUGAUGACACCAAAUGUAAGUUGAAACGAAAGAAAGUAUUGACAUUUCAUAGAGAAUUUUCAGUCUAGCUAAGAGUAAGUUAUAUUAACAACAUCCUAGUUUCUGAGAAAUUUUAGUGCAUUACUAAUUAGGGGGAAUUUGGAAAACCUAAAUAACAGUUGUGACAAAUAAGAUUUUCACAUAUGUAUGUAUGUAUAUACGAGUAUUUUUCGUUUCGUUAUGAGGUUGGCAACGAGAAAACAGGCAGCAUUCAGACACUUCCUAAGAAAAGCUUUUGAUUGAUUUUCGCAUGCGUUUUACGUUACAGAUUUCAUAAGCCGAGAGAAAUAGCAGAUCAGCUAUAAAAAUGAAAGAAUUUUUGAGACUGACACUGGUAAAAAAUUAUGGCACAGCAAAAUUAGUAAUUUGGUAACAUCUAGUAACGACUCUGAACACUAGAAACACAGAUAAGGGUCCUUUGAUCCAUUUCCAAAUUGUAA